AUGAGUCUCAAUAAGACCGCUGUUGCGGACAACGGCCUCAGCAAGAGGGACACCAAUACUGGUCUUGUGGAGCGGACUCCCAUUACUGCAUGCGACCGUACGAUCGCCGUAACCGCGUCCUGUGUUGUGAUCGCCAAUUAUGUGACUCAAUUGGUGAAAUCGCUCGCUAGCACCAUCAAAGAGAUGUCCGACCAGGGCAACUGCAAUGCAAUGAGCGGUACUUACCAGGACCUGAAGUGGACAUACUACUCCUCCGGCAGGAACUGUGACACUACAGCACAGCACGACACUAUUGCAGGCGCCAUCAAGAAGUACCUGACUAAGGUCGAGCAAAACAAUUUUUGCGGCACCCAAUGCCUGCGCAUGGACCAUGGCGGUACCUGGGAUGGAUGGUUGAAGCUGGCCAAUUAA